ACUCAAUUAUUGACUUAAAGACCACACAAAUUCCUAUUUAAGUUUUGAUCCCCUUGACUAAGGACAGCGUUGUUUUUGUUUUCACGAACAAAAAAAAAGCUGCUCUGUCUCUCUCUCUCUCUCUCUCUCGCUCACCCUUCCUGUGUGCUCCGAGGCUGUGAUGCAGAGGAAGAAGACCCAAAAGGGUUGGUGAAUCUCGUGGAGGCAGCUCAAGAAUCCAUGGAUUUGCAGAGGCCUUGCUGGGUCGUCUUCGUGUUAGCUCUGAUUUCAAUUGUUUGUCAUCCUUGGAAUGCGAGAGCCGGGGACAUAGUUCACGACGACGAUUUAGCUCCCAAAAAGCCCGGCUGUGAGAACGACUUCGUUCUAGUAAAAAUUCAGACUUGGGUUGAUGGCAUAGAGGAUGCUGAAUUUGUUGGUGUGGGUGCUCGAUUUGGCACUACCAUUGUGUCAAAGGAGAAAAAUGCAAACCAAAGCCGUCUUACUCUCUCAGACCCACGCGAUUGUUGCAGUAAACCAAAGAAGAAGCUUGCUGGAGAUGUUGUAAUUGUGCAUCGAGGGAACUGCAAAUUCACAACGAAGGCAAAUGUUGCAGAAGCUGCUGGUGCUUCAGCUUUACUCAUUGUAAAUAACCAGAAAGAACUUUACAAGAUGGUUUGUGAGCCAGAUGAAACUGACCUAGAUAUACACAUUCCUGCUGUCAUGCUCCCGCAAGAUGCUGGUGCAAGUUUGGAAAAAAUGCUAAUGAAUAGUUCAAGAGUGUCUGUGCAGCUAUACUCUCCACGGAGACCAGUAGUUGACAUAGCGGAGGUAUUUUUAUGGUUGAUGGCAGUUGGUACCAUCUUAUGUGCAUCUUAUUGGUCCGCAUGGAGUGCUAGAGAAGCAGCUAUUGAACAAGACAAGCUAAUUAAGGAUGCUGUAGAUGAAAUCCCGAGUACCAAGGCCAUGGGCACUAGUGGUGUUGUAGACAUCAACAUAACAUCUGCUGUCCUGUUUGUUGUUAUUGCUUCAUGCUUCUUGGUUAUUCUGUACAAGCUUAUGUCAUUCUGGUUCGUUGAGCUUUUGGUUGUUCUUUUCUGCAUAGGCGGUAUAGAGGGCUUGCAAACUUGCUUGGUUGCUUUAUUAUCAAGGUGCUUCAAACGUCCUGGAGCUUCAUAUAUCAAAGUACCUUUCUUUGGAGCCAUCACAUAUCUAACUUUGGCUGUUUCUCCAUUAUGCAUAGCAUUUGCUGUUGUUUGGGCAGUUUACCGAAAUGUAUCCUUUGCCUGGAUCGGUCAAGAUAUACUUGGAAUUGCACUGAUAAUCACUGUUCUUCAGAUUGUACAUGUUCCCAAUCUCAAGGUGGGUACAGUUCUUCUCAGUUGUGCCUUCCUAUAUGACAUCUUUUGGGUGUUUGUUUCUAAGAAGUUGUUCCAUGAAAGUGUGAUGAUUGUGGUAGCUCGUGGUGAUAAAAGUGGUGAGGAUGGUAUCCCAAUGCUACUGAAGAUUCCACGCAUGUUUGAUCCUUGGGGUGGAUACAGCAUCAUAGGAUUUGGUGACAUCCUUUUACCUGGACUGCUAAUAGCGUUCUCUCUUAGGUAUGAUUGGCUGGCAAAUAAGACUCUACGAGCUGGAUACUUCUUGUGGGCAAUGCUUGCAUAUGGAUUAGGUCUUCUCAUUACAUAUGUGGCAUUGAACUUGAUGGAUGGGCAUGGCCAACCAGCAUUGCUUUACAUCGUCCCAUUCACCCUUGGAACAUUCCUAGCUUUGGGGAAAAAGAGAGGUGAUCUCAGAGUCCUGUGGAGUAGAGGAGAACCUGAAAGACCCUGCCCACAUGUCCAACUCCAACACUCUGAAGAAUCCAAUGAAUAAAAAUAAGAUCAACUUCAUGUAUUAUUAUGUCGUCGUGUUUUCUAGCGUAUUGCUGAUAUUGGGGUUCUGUUAUAUAGCCCACCAGCUUAGCAAACAUGGUAAUUUGUAUUACCUUAAUCUCCUUUAUAUAAACUAGGAGCUUCUUGUCAAUAAUAUAUGCAUUUGACCUUUUUGAGGUA